AUCAUUACAUUACUUAACUUUAUCCACAGAAUGAAGUAAUUAUUUCCAGCUUUUGUAAAUAUAACUUCAUAAAAUUUUGCAUGUGCCAAGCCAAGAUCCUGUUCAUAAUAAAAUGUGCCGUCCGUGUGGAGUGUGAACAUUUUGGGGCUUGAUUACCUUCACUCAAGCAUUCACUACUUGACUACAAGUAUAAUAUUUACUGUAUGGUGUGCACAUAAUAAUAAUACGAAAGGGAAAGAGAUCUUCAAAAAGGUGGGACCUUGGCUUUGAGAUUUAAGCGUGAUUAUUUAGUGCUGCUGAGCGUGGUAGUUGACGCGGAUCCCUUUACUACAAACUUCCGCACUUCCUCAUCCACCAAUUCAUUAGCAAGAUUUAGACAUUACGUUAGUUAGCGCAGUUUCACUCGUUAAAUAUAAGCUGCUUAAAUACUUUUAAUUUCCGUUUCAAUCCACAAUUGAAUUACCUGUUGUACCCAAGAAAAUUAAAAUUAGAGGAUCCACAAAACUACAUCCUUCCGCUGAGGCGUUUAAUUUACAAGAAAUUUACAAAUUGGGCACUGCACUUUUUUUUCUCCUUGGCUGAUAACAAUGUAGAUUUGUAGGGAAUGAAAAUGAAUAAUAUAGCGGUACUUUGGCCCCCUUUUUCACGAGAGACGACUCUCGCUCAGUACUACUGAAAUGUUGCCUCUUCUCCUAUUCGACAGACCAUGUUACAAGUUUACCAAGUAAGAAAGACUCAUUAAAUGAAUGUCAGUCAGUCAGUGUAAUUGAGGGAUGGCCCACAACAUAAUAUAACAGCCUCUAACAACCAACGGUACAUUUCCUGUUUGGGUCAACUGCAUUGUCUCACGUAAAUAAUCUCUGGUUUAGUCGUGUUAAACUUGAAAACUGAUUUAAAGAAAAUGCAUCACAGAGACAAGUUCGCAGUUUAGAAAUACAAGUUGUUUGCCCAGUUUCAAAUUGAGACGAGCUAGAGCUAGACAAACUUUGGAAAGGGAUCAAUCAGUAAAGUAAACUAAAAAAAAAAAAGUAAAUAUUUAUUCCUGUACGAGGGAGGAAGUAGGAAGUGUGUCCGUGUAAAAAAUGGUGCGUGGCGUCCUUUUCAACUGGGAUUUCGAACUUGACUUUGACAUGAUAGUGAAAAGUGUGAGACAAACGAUUUCAAUUUUGGCCUGGACGUGGGCUCUGUUCAUCUUCUUUCUGAGCUACUUUGGUCAAGGGGGUGGAGACUAUAAUCACGUCAAUAAUGACAUGGAAGACGUUCCGAUCCACCCUGCGCCACUAUUUUCAUCCGUUUUCGUACCCAUUCUUCGAGUAUGGGUGGGAUCCAACUAGUUCAAAAAGUCAUUAACUUUAAACAGUUCCAGUCAAGUCAUCAAAUCAAUCGUUUAUUUAUGUAUGCAGUUUCCAAUCUGCUCCUAGUCGCAAGCACCCUCGGUCAGACUGAGAAGAAGAAUAAGGCGUUAUCAGACGAGACCCCACCAGGAUCCGCGGGACAUCACGGGUCCGUCCAGUCGGGACAAUUUCUUCUUACCAAUAAUGAAAACUAUGGUCUUCAGAUCUCACACACGCCGUACAGCUCUAAUCCUGCGGAAGAAGAGCAGUUGCCAAAAGCGCAAAAGUUGAGACAACAGCAAUACCAAAAUGCCGUUCCUGCUGGAGGAGAGACUUUUUGUGCGGGGUGCACAUCGCUCAGUAAUCCGCAACAGGAUGAACAGUAUUACAAUAACAAUGCCCAACAGCCCCAAAAUGCGUAUGCAGUUCCAGUCCAGCAAAAACAGCAACGCUACCAACGCCCUCAACAAGUGCCAUACUCGACCGGACAUAAUAGCAACAUUGGGAAUAACGCAAUUCAACAACAACAACCGGGUUACAGCUAUUCCGUAAAUUUAGAGGGACCAUCAGGAGGUCAAAGAGAUUCAUCGUGGGGAUGGAAUAGCUGGAAUCAACAACAACAACCACAAGCUCAGGUUAGAGCGUCGCAGCCAAUGCAACAGUACCAAUGGGGACAAAGGAACCCACCGAAUCAGCAGAAGCAACAGGUCCGGUCAGGUUGGGUGCCUCCUCAGCAACACCAACAAUACCACCGAGAAUUGACAGCCCCCGCAGUACAACAGCACCUUCGAAUCAAUGAUGAUGGUCAAUACAGUUUCGGAUACAAUGCUGCCGACUCGUCUCGACAAGAACAACGAGGUCUGGACGGCACAGUUUCUGGGUCGUAUGCCUACACUGACGGGACUGGCCAACAGGUUCAAGUCGAUUAUCGAGCAUCUCCUGAACAAGGGUACCAAGCUUUCGGACCCAGUAUUCCUAACCCUGCUCCAGUCCCUCAGUUUCAAGUACCAGCCGUUCCUCAAGACACACCGGAAGUCCAGGCCGCACGAGCCCAGUUCUUCGAGGCGUACAACCAACAACUAAAAUUCAUUGAAGAUGCAAAAGCUCGUGCAAUUGAGGCUCAACAGACUUCUGCGUCCAACAAAUCUGAUAACGUCGUUGCCGUUCAUGCCACUGGAAAAGAUAAUAAAAACACGACGACCCCGUCAUCCAGCGAGGAUCAAGACGCCACCACAACAAACCAACCAAACAAACAAUUCAACUCCACCGAUUUCAAAAAUCUUCCCGAACCGAUCGCAAUUCCUGAUAAAAACGGAGUUAAUCCAGGCCCAGAAAACCAGGAGGACGACGAGCUAGAAAAUGACGCCGUCGUAAUCGGCCGAGAAGACGAGGAACCUUCUUCCGUUCCAGCCGCGGUAAAGGUUCCACCAAAAACGGUCACGCCACCAAAUCAACAACCAAACCAGGAUGCACCCCCUCAAGCAGGAUAUUCCUUCAGCGUUCUGGUUGGAGAUCAGGGCGGAGCUAAUUAUGGAGGGUACAAUCAAAACCAAUGGCCUCAGUGGGGAUCUCAGUACCAAUAUCAGCAACAACAACCUUUUACCGUCGGAUAUCAGUACCCAGCACCACAAGAGCAAAACAAUCCAGUUGCAAUGGCACCACCACCAGCACCGGUGGAUUCCUCUUACCAAUUUAGCCACAUGGUGGGUGUACCCCAGCAACAAGCACUGGGUUAUCACCCCCAGCAGCAGUCUCAGCAGCAGCAGCAAUAUCAAAUCUCUGUCCCCAACCAGGCCAACACAGUUUCUGGAAAUACGCAAUCAAAUACUGAUCAACCCCCCAAUCAUGUCGGUGGCGAUGAUAAGACACGGGCAACUCAACCAGGGUACUUUUACUACGUCUCUGUCGGUGGAUCGCCGCACUACAUGACCUCGAAUAACGACGCGUUCACCUCUAAAUUCCCCACCUCUCUCAAGGCCCAUCUCGCCGGAUCGAUUCCAAUGGAUGCGAGACACGACCCUCAAGUGCCCCAUCAAAACAUGGGAAUGGUGCAGAAUCAAGUCGGAACCAAGCCGAAUCCUCCCGUUUACGUGGACAUGGACACUUCGCCAGGAUAUCAAGGCUACACUAGCAGCAACAAUGGGGCACAAAAGCAACAAUCCGUCGCAAUUGUGGGGUUCAUUCCGGGCGCUUUUGUUAGCGUGAGGAAUGGUGGCUUCGUCAGCGUCAACUCGGCAGCCGUUGCACAAACCGGAAAUGGUGGAGGUGGAACGAGGGUGCGAUUUGGAAAUAAUCCUUCAAAUGAUCAAACUGGAAGUAAUGAUGGACAUCAAUUUCCGCUUUUGAUCUUCAACAACCAGAACCAAUAAAUUGUGACAGCUUGCAUUUUAAAUAUUUACUCUGACAUGACUGGACUGUUUCAACGGAUGCAAGUACAUAUGUAAUCAUAAAUAAGUAUGCCUACCAUUGUAUUAAUUAUAAUAUUAAGCGGUGCUAUUUUGCUUCAAAUAAACCGAAUUAACACAACUUAAAUACUUAAUAAGCCAUAAAUUUGAUGUGAAAAAUACUAACAUAAUUAUAGACUAAAAAUGCAACUAGUUGUACGUAUUUAGUUUACCGGAAUAAAAUAUUGUUUGGUCUACUUACUUAUUAAACAGAA